AAAACAUAAAAAAAUUGGGUAAAGUAUUUUUCACGUUUUUUAGGACGUGGAUCCGAUUUGCGACCUUUGCGUUGGCGUUUAAUCGUAAUAAAUAUACACAUACACAACCGCUGUGUACAACAUUUAGAUGGGAGGUGCCUACAAUAGACCAAUGUACAAUAAUGGAGACAGAUACGGUGCUUCUUUUUCAGAUAACGGCCGAGCAUAACGGUGUUUUUGUAUUAGUUUCGCUCACAGUCGAAACCAAAACGGUCGAGCGUUUUACAUAAUAUCGUCAUAGCUUUUCAGCGUGCACAUUUUUGAGUGUGUUGAUGAGUAGGCUCAGUACCAUACGAUUUAUAUUAUGUUAUAAGCACUUGAAAACCGUCGAGAUUUGGCUGCGCAAGCAAAGUUUUAUCGUCAUUAGCUAUUCGGUAUUUGACCUGCGUAAUAUUAUAUUAGACGACGGUAUAGCUGCUGUUAAAUUCUGCUACAAAGCUGCUUGACGACUACCGGCGAUGGAGUUGAGUUUAGUGGCCGAAUUUUCGGCUUUCGCGUGCAUGAUGAUCCUGUCUGUGCUCAUCGGUCUGUAUUACGGGUUUGUUGAACGCAAACAGAACACGGUCAACGAUUACCUGUUGGGUGGCAAGCACAUGUCAGUCUUUCCAAUCACAAUGUCUCUGAUCGCAAGUCACAUCUCUGGCAUUACAUUACUCGGCAUCCCGUCUGAAGUCUACGUUUACGGCACUCAAUAUCUGAUUGUAGGUUUCAUAUACGUUUUUAUUAUCAUCAUUGUGAUCUAUAUAUAUUUGCCGGUAUUUUAUGACCUCCAGCUGACGUCCGUGUACGAAUACUUGGAAUUGCGGUUCAACAGCACCAUUCGGGGAAUAUGUUCGCUGAUAUAUGCCAUAUCGUUGAUCUUGUACAUACCAGUAGUAAUAUAUGUACCAGCCCUGGCGUUUAAUCAAGUAAGUGGUCUAAACGUGCACGCUAUAACUCCGAUCAUAUGCGUUGUGUGUAUAUUCUAUACAACAGUGGGAGGCUUAAAAGCUGUGGUGUGGACAGAUGCGUUGCAGAGUGUUUUCACGACGGUUUCUGUGAUUGCGGUAAUUGUGUUGGGGUUCAUCAAUAUCGGUGGUUUCGGAAACAUGAUAAAAGCCAACGCCGAUGGAGAUAGAUUAGAACUGUUCAAGAUGGACUUGGACCCGUUUUUGAGAAAUACAUUUUGGACUGUCAGCGUCGGCGCCAUUUUCAGCUCGACGACCGGCUUAGGAAUACAUCCAGGAGCAGUGCAGAGGUUCGUGGCAUUGCCGUCGUACAGCAAGGCCAGAAAGUCGUUGAUAUACUUCAUUUUCGGCAUGGGAGUAGUGAAAAUGUUCACUGGCUUAAUCGGAAUGCAAAUGUAUACCAAGUAUAAAGACUGCGAUCCCGUAAAGGCCAAGUUUAUUCAAAACGACAGAAAUCUGUUGCCGUACUUCGUGAUGGACGUCGCGUCCAAAAUUCCUGGACUCACUGGUCUCUUUAUCUCUGGAAUAGUCAGCGCGGCUCUAAGCACAAUGUCGGCACAACUCAACACGGUCUCCGGCACGAUUUACGAAGACUUUGUUGUAAAAAUAUUGGGCUUUAAAGUAACCCAGUUGACGGCUAGUGUCAUCAUGAAAUCUACUGUGGUCAUUGUCGGUGUUGUUUGCGUGGCUCUAGUGAUAGUAGUUGAAAAACUCAGUGGAAUCCUCCAAAUGGCGAUUAGCUUGAGUGGAGUCACAAAUGGAGCACUGUUGUCGGCAUUCACAUUGGGCUUAUGUUUUCCUUGGGCAAACUCUAGGGGAGUGAUGUGUGGAAUGUUAACUAGUUUAGCAGUAAUGUCUUGGAUCAUUUAUGGCGCUCAGGACGCGAUAAUGAGCAAAAAACUUCAGUUUGUGCAGAAAGAAGUUUCAGUGGCCGGAUGUCCCGCCAAUAUUACUAUUCUCAACAGUACGGAUUAUAUGGGGUUGUACCGUAUGAACGAUGACGUGUACGUGAGUCCGGACGUUCGCAAAAUAUUUACCAUUUCUUACAAUCAUUACAGUACUUUGGGCACGUUAAUCGGCAUAGCCGUAGGGCUGGCGGUCAGUCUGAUAUUCCCGACUGAGCAAGACUACGACCCUAAACUAUUGACUCCUUGCAUACGAAAUUUCGUGUUUCCCAAGUACAUGGCACAGGACAAGAAACCUGCCAUCGGAAAGCCGACCACUGAAGAGUAUGCACUGGUGCCUCAAGACAACAAACUUUGAAACGUCUCCGAAUGUUGUGUAAGAAUAUUAAUCCCAGUGUAAAACUAUUGUUACUUGUACGAUUUUUGGACCGGUAAGUCUGGUCCGCAAUGUACAGCAGAGAGUUAAAACGCAGCUGAAAAAUAAACAGACGCUUCAAAAAUCAAAAAUAUUUUUAUAAACGCUAUAUUUCGUUAGAUAUAAACCGAACAUUUGUUUUUUCUAGAACCUGCCUUUUACCAAAGCAGGAUAUUUUCCGUGAUCAGCUAUAAGAAUAGAUAUAACUCACGUCCGUCUACUUAGUAUUUCUUUAAAUUUAUAUUAUUAGGUUUGACAAAACGUUGUUGAAAUGUUCUUAUAUGUACGUGUCAAACUUACUUUGAUGAGGCAUAGGCACAACUAGACCUACAUUUCAGGGAGUGAUAAAAUUAUGUAAAUCUAACUAAAAAUAAUUCUUAUGUUUAAACCAUUAAAAUCAAAUAUUUGAAAACAAAGAUAUUUUAAAAUAAAAAACAUUGAACAGAGUAUUGUACAUUAUUAAAAUUUGGUGCGUACAAAUCGAGGAUUAGGGUUUGAAUUUAUAGGGGUGCUGAUUUUGAGUCUGGGGAUGCUAAAACAAUUUUAUUACUAUAAAUUAGGUUUAUCGUGUUGAUCAAACGUUCAAAUUGAAAUAAUUAGGAUACGUCUGGGGUACCUAACAGUUCCUUAUAAAAUAUAUUUGUUUUAUCCUAAUAUAAAAUAGUUGUUUUAAAUACCCACAUGUUUAUACACAAUUUUAUUAAGCGCUUACAGUUAUAUUCUUAUUUUUAAGGUGUAAAAACUCUUUUUUUUCUAUAGAGUCAUGUAACGUGUUUUACUAAAAAAAAACCAUACUUGAUAGAUUUUAGUUUUCAUCGUCGAUUUACAUAGACUUAUGUUUCAAGGAACAAAAUAACUAAUAUUUGUUGGCUGUCAAUAACGAUAUCAGAGAAUGGUGUUUUGUUGCUAAAAAUCAAAUAAGAAAUACAUAUUUUACACUGUAAGUUCUUCUAACGUUGUUGUCGGUUUACACACAUUUUUGUGUUUGUCUUAAGUUGUACGCGAUAAAGAUUUGUAUUAUAUGU